GGAAUUAUUCAGACAUCGUGCAAAUAGGCACGGCACGUUGUUGUCUAGCAAUAUAAGUUGUUGGAAUUCUUUGCCCUUUUAUCCACCUGCAUUCUAAAAAUUAUUAAAUGGCCGUCACCUGCGCUACCCUCCCCAGUAGAGUCUCCGCCUCCGCCUCCGCCUCCGCCUCCGCCUGUUUCCCCUUCAGCUAUUCCUUAAAUCCCAGUCUUAAUUCCCAGCCGAAAUCAAGGAAACCCCCUCCACCCAUCACCAUCUCCGCCAACCCAUCCCACGUCGAUCCCUUCCAGCUACGGGACCUCCUCGCCGCCGCCAACCACUCUUGCCACCGCUUCCCGGCCCUCACCCCGGACGGCCGAGCCGAGUCUGCCGAUCCGGAGAAGCUCCGCGUGGCCCUCCACCACAGUUCCGUUGUUGUCUCUGUCUUCUGCCGAUCGAAAUUCUUGGCUGAGGACGGCUGCGGCGAAGGCCGCUAUGACGUCUCCCCUUUUACCUUCGAGAAAUUGUUCGACAGGGUCAUGCCUGCAGAGCGGGACCGACGGUUGGUGGGCUUCGGUCGAGCAGUUUCGGACGGUGGAUUGACAGCUUCCAUUCACGAUGUCGUGGUUGUCCCUUCUUUACAGGGGCGGGGUAUCGGACGAAAGAUAGUUGAACGAAUCACAAGGAUUAUUACUGGUAGAGGCAUAUAUGAUAUCUCAGCCUUGUGUUCAGAAAAUGAGAGGAGAACAGGAAAAUAUCACAUACCACUUUCUGAUGGUUGACAGAAGCUCCUUUCAGGCAGAUCAUUCGUGCUUUGUUUAGUGUUCAAUGGGUAGUGUCAGAGUGCUGCAAUUACAUGGAGAUGCUAUAUCUCCCGUUGGAAGUCUUGAUUGCAUCUCAGUUUCAGAAUGGGAGAUAAGAGAGUGCUUGUACAACGGAACAGUGGUUGGUUUAUUUAAUUCGACUCAGUUCAGGUCUACUCAAACCAGUUAGGAUUAAAACUCAUGGACACAAGAAAUGCUUUUAUUGCUCAUCAACACUGAACCCAGUGCUAAGGGUCUUGUUUCUGGAAGCAUGUCCACAAAAAAUUGCCUGUUUUAUCAGCAUAGGCUAGACUUAAAUCCUUGAUUCAAAGGUUAGUAGCACAGGUUAUCACUUUCGAAAUAGUGAGGGGAAAUUAUGGAAGUUCAUAUAUAUUGCCAAUGAAAGAUGUUUUCUGAAACAACUUGUGGAUAAGAGAGGUGGACAUUUGUGUGAAGUAAUUAACCUUGUUUGUACCAUGAAAUACUUGUAGUGUAUGCUAGUACAGCUAACUAGAAGUUGGUUAUCCUCGGACUAACUAGUUCUUGUGCAUCAAAGGAUUCUUGUUGAACUAGUGCACAAAACAAAAAUAUAUAGUCGUCUUCUUCUUGCAACUUUGUGUAAUAUCAUUUUAUAACCGUUCUUUAGGAGUAAAUAUUCAUAUUUGCAAAAUAUCUACACAAAUGAUUGCUGAACUGAGACAUAUGAUCCUGUGUUCAAGUAUUUAUAUGGGGCCAAGGGUGUAGCAGUACCCUUUUGGCAAUGUGGUUGGCUCAUGCCAAUCAACACGUGGAUUGUGUCAUACCACCAGUACAUGUUCUGACCAGGAACAUACUGGGAGUGGUAUACAAAAUAAUCCUUGUUUGCAUUUUAGUCCUCAGCAUCUUUCUCAAAUCGAUGAGAAAUGUGCUUCUGAUAAUCUUAACUUUAGGAGCUAGAGUAGCACUUGCCUUUUGCCUAAUGAGUGACACAUUAUUUUGUCAGCUAUCAAAAGAGAGAUUAUUAAAUAGAAUGGCAUAUUCUAGACAUCUGUCUAGCUUAAAGCUGAAUGGCAUAUAACUGGUCCUGGUCUGGCUCUUCACUAUAGACUGCUGAUUUGGUGCUACAAACAUUUUAACAGAUGUUGUUUUAAAUUAGUUUAGGAGCAAUGUAUCUAGAGCAUUCGGUAUUGGCAGACAAAAAAUAAAACUUUGGCAACCAUCUCUUCUUGUUCCUUUUUAUUUUAUUGCAGUACUUUCUGUAAUUAUCUUGGCUUGUUAUUAUGGGUGAUUUUUUAUUUGAUAGGGCGAACAGAUUGAGAAUGUAUCUGUAGGCACUUGAGUGGUUUGCUUUCUUUUCUUUUAGUGGCCGUUUGUACGUCAAAUCAAAAUGCUAUCAUUUGCAUAUUCAGGACAGCAAAGGUAGCUUAAGAAACAGAUCAAGAGCAUAUACAAAUAUAUAAAAAAAUGAUUCUUCUGAUGGAUUUUCUUAUUUACCACAUUAAUAAAGCCACUAAAGUUUCUUUUCCUGCCAAACAAAAUAUUCUUUCAUGUUUAGAAUUUCUUUAUCAAAUCAUUUUUGGUUUGUUGUGCUUUAUGAAUGCAGAGCAAUUGAUGUGUCUCCUUAAUCACUAAUUGAUGUUCAUAUGCUUAUGUGUAAUAUCAGCCAACUUGGUGAACUGGAUCAUCAACUUCUCUAAAAUCUUGUAUUAUAUCAACUAUUAUAAUUUUUACAUAAUAGCCUAAUCAAGCUAUCAUAUUUGUCUGUGCUUCUUUUCCUAACAUUAUGGUUUCUGGUACCUUGAUCAGUAACUGAGCAACAUUAGUUUGUACAUAAAAGAAUUGGGAUAUACUUGUAGCUUUUUUCUGAUGCACUAUUACAGGCAAGCCUUCCCAUUUGGUUGUUUUCACUCUUGAUUGUAUGGUAAUGUGCUAGCAAUUAUGUUAUGUAUGGCUUGGGAAAAAGCCAGCUGCAAUGUUAGUGUGCAAUUU